AUGGGCGAAUUAAGUGGAUCCGAUCCAGUACAGCGCUUCCCGCUCGAAAUCGCCACCAAGAUUGUAAUGUAUGCCGCUGCGAAAGACAUUCGUUCUCUCGAGAUUUCUUCAGUAUCAACUGAGUGCCUGCUCGAGUUAAUGGGCGUCUCUUCAUUGUGGAAGCAGUUGAUCAUGUUCACUCCAGCGCUAUGGGCAGAUAUCGUCCUGGAUCCCUAUAAGGAGGACGUAUUGGCCAAGUUGUCCGUUAAUAUUGUCCUCUCAAGAUCCCAUCCUCUUUCCAUCAUCGUUCAUUUGCAGCCCACGAAGGAUCGAGGGCUCUUACAGCAGGUAAUUGAGCAAUUGAAGCACCAUGUCGAUCGCAUACAAGCACUACACAUGAAUCAAGAGACUCUUUUACCUGUUAUCGACAAAUAUUUAGGACCUUUUCACAAUCUUGCGGUUCUACAAUUCCGCUCGACAUUUGCCGUCCAGUCGCCUGACAAUGCAACCAUCGACUUUAUUAACCGACACCAAAGUCUCAGAGUCAUUCGAGGAAUGACAAUCACUCCAACUGUCUUACAAUCAAAUUGGUUGCAAUAUCUUCCCUCGGUUGUCUCCGAGGUGCGAUUUCGUGACCUGUUGCCGCUUAUUCGCGAGUUUAAUUUGCUUCAACAUAUCCGUUUUCGUCAGUGGCCACUUGAGAAGCGUGCACCCUAUAAGCAAAAGUUGCUUCCUCGAUUGACCUGGACCCAUAUCGAGACAUGGAACCUGAACUCUGUAGAAGACAGUUUGGAACCGCGGCAAGAUUUCGAUUUGCUCAUCACAGCAGUUUCCGAUAAUCUCACAACACUGGCAAGUCGUAUAGAAAUCCGGCUCAUGCCAUUCUUCCUUCAGCACCUGGCUCGAUGUCGCCGUCUGUACCGCGUCACAUUGGAGAUUUUCCCUAUAAUUGCAAAGAUGGACGGCAUGGCAUUCAUCCUUCCUUCGUCAACCAAGGAGCUUGCAAUUACUAUGUCCAUUGGAACCAGAUGGACCCACCAAUGGGGCCCAGAGGUGACAAACAUGCUCAAACUCGCAUUUCCCUACGUUGAGUGGCUUGGGCUGAGUGGUCGCACUACUGGCAAGUUGCUCGGUCUGCUUGCCAAUGGCGCUCUCCCGCGCCUCAGGAGUGUGUCCUUGAAUGGUCCAACGCGCGUAGAUGACCCUUCAUUUACCCUAUCUCCCACAAUAAAGGCCAUAGAAAUAACUUCAGAACAGGAAUUUGUCUAUCAGUACAAAUCUGCCAAUGUCUCCCGCCUGGAAUUUAACUUUGACUACGCCUCAAGCACUCCAUCCUCAGCACCUCUAGAGCUUGUCCAUUGGCCAAACAUUGCAAUUUUACGCAUCAACGGACUCGAAGGUGCCGUUCAGUGGCAAGGGCUCCAGUUCGAGCAUCUUGAGAAGAUCGCGAUCGACCAUUCGCCGAUGGGCCUUACGCAUUACGAAGGAGCAAAACUGAUAUACUACCUUGCGGUAUAUCCGGAUAUGUUUCCUGUCCUCCAGGAGCUGACGCUUCGACCAUAUAUAGAGUGGGAUAUGUUCUUCAUUAUGCUGGAAUUGCGAAACUCGUACAGGAAGACUGCCUCUUUCUCUUGCUUAGAGUCGAUAACAUUCACAUCCCCAAUCCCAGCUGGAUUUGCGCAGCUGACUUCGAAGCUACUACGCGGAGAAGAGGUGCAUUACCCGUCCAAAUUCGAGCUCUCAUGGAUAGGGAGCAUGGAUAUCAUUCAGAAUCUUGAUACGUGA